AUGCGCGCCCUGCGGCUAGCAGUAACGCUCGCCGCCGCGCGCGCCGCGCUCCAGCGCGCGCCCUGCGAGCACUUCAUCAUCCUGAAAUACGCGCACACGGGGAGUACCUGGUUUGUUGAUGAAUUAAAUGGCAUCGACCGCUUUCAUGUGAUCGAGGAGUUCCUCAUGGAAAGGUUCAAGGAAAGCGGGGAAUUACCAAAAUCAAGCACGGACAUCAAGGACCAUUUCGUGGAGGCAUUAACAAGGGAGUGCAGAGGCGACACGCGCGUCAUCGGCCUGAGCCAGAACCCCGCGCACCACACGCUGACGCGGCCUCCAAUUGGACCUUUUGAUUGGAGCUUUCUGGCCGAGUUACAGCGAAGGAAGCCCUUCCACGUCAUCUUGUGGUACCGCAGCAACGUCGUUUCAAGGGCCAUCGGCCUCAUCAACGAGUACCGGCCGGGCAUGGAGUUUUGUCAUCGAUUAAAAGACCCGAACUCGACGCAGUGGAAACGAAUCGAAGAGGCGGGCCACCACCUCCGCGACUGCCGCAAGUCCAGGUUCGCCGUCGAGAAGGAACGGUUCCUGCGGUCGAUCACCUGGGGCCUCUGCGAGAUCGCCAUGUACCACCGGUUGGCGGACUACGUGUCUGAUAAUAAAACGCACGUCAUGACCUACGAGGACUUUGUCAGGGACGAGGAUGAGGGACUGAAGGGCUUGAUGGCCCAGUUGUAUCCCGACCGGCCCGGCGGGCGCAACGAGAUCCUGGCGACGCGUAAGCCGUCGGACAUCGUCAAGCGCUCGAACAGCCAGGUCAAAAAGAUGGUCGCGCCCCGUGCGGCCGUCGACGCGCCGUCGGCGCGAACCGCUCGUUCCGCGCAGGUGACGAACGCGGCCGAGGUCGAGGGCUGGUUCGCCGAGUGGGGCGGGCCGGCGCCGCUCUGGCGCAAGGUCCGGUGCAUAAAUCAAAAUGUCGCGGCGCGGCGCCAACUUUUCGCACACAGGCAUGUUCCACGACGACGGCACGACGGCCUUUGCACCAACCGACGGCACGGGCCAGGCGGCCUGCGACCACUUCCUCGACAUCUGCGAGCGGCAGAUGGGCCUGUCGACGUG